GGAAAAGGUUAAGAACUCACUCAGCUACUCAAGACGAGCAAAGGGAAAGAGCAUUUGGCUUCAAAGGGUGAGGACGUGUGCGUGGUGAGUUUUGGAAGGGAAGCGAACCAGAAAUAUGUCUUCAACAACCACCGGUUCCAGUUUACCCAGCGGCAUAAAGGUCCUGGCUACUUUCCCUGAUAUUCUGGCCAUCCCUGAAUUUGUUUUUGGCGGCCUAGUCUGGAUCCUGGUGGCUUCCACUAAAGUUCAUAAUCCGAUGAGUCAAGGCUGGGUGAUGUUCGUCUCAGUGUUUUGCUUUGUAAUUUCAACAUUGCUUUUGUUCCUAUAUAUGUGUGGCGCUCAUGGAGGGAAGUCGGCUUGGGUUGCUGUGGAUGCUUUCUACCAGGUAAUUGCUUCUCUCUUCUACCUGAGUGCGUCAGUUGUGCAAGCCUAUACUACCUUUCAGAUGAAAUCUACGGAUUAUUUUAAAUACUACCAAAUAGAUAUUGCAGCAGUGGUUUUUGCCUAUGCAGUCACAUUGACAUAUGUGAUCCACAUGGUGUUAUCGCUGCUGAGAUGGAAGUCCUCUUAAAAAAAUAAAUAAAUCUCUGAAUGUCUUUUAAAAUUUGAUUUUUGCAGGUGUAUUUGGUCAGUUACUACCUAAGUGUAUCUAAAUGAUUGUCUUUCUUUGGAAAAUUUGUAUACACAAGUGUGCUUUUAUUGUGUUCUGACAAAAA